AUUUAUCAUUUCUAGAUCCCAUGACAACGUAACAGUAUUGUGAAACUCUAAAGUUAAAGUUCAGUGGGCUGUAGGACAUACAGCAUCUGCAGCUUCACGGCCAGGAGCUUGCGGUCGAUUCACCACCGGACUUCAAAAAUAAGAGAGCAUGGGUGAGUGGAGUUUCCUAGCGUCUCUCCUUGACAAGGUCCAGUCCCACUCCACGGUCAUCGGGAAGGUCUGGCUCACAGUGCUCUUCAUUUUCCGGAUCAUGGUCCUUGGGGCCGGAGCAGAAAAGGUGUGGGGUGAUGAGCAAUCCCAAAUGAUCUGUAACACCAAGCAGCCAGGCUGCAAGAACGUGUGCUACGACCACGCCUUCCCCAUCUCCCACAUCCGCUUCUGGGUGCUGCAGAUCAUCUUCGUGUCGAGCCCCACGCUGGUGUACCUCGCUCACGUCCUCCACGUCAUCCACAAGGAGAAAAAGCUGAGGGAGCGUAUGCAGACCAGCAGCGAGCCGACCAAGAACCCAAAAUACUCGGACGACAAAGGUCACGUCAAGAUCAAAGGGGACCUUCUGGGCAGCUACCUGGCCACCAUCUUCUUCCGGAUCUUUCUGGAGGUGGCGUUCAUCGUAGGGCAGUACUAUCUGUACGGCUUCGUCAUGGACCCCAGAGUGGUGUGUUCCAGAGCACCCUGUCCCUUCACUGUGGAGUGCUACAUGUCCCGGCCGACCGAGAAGACCAUCUUCAUCAUCUUCAUGCUGGGGGUGUCCUGCGUGGCCCUGCUGCUCAACGUUCUGGAGGUCUUCUACCUGCUGUUUAGAGGCAGGUGCUCCAAGAGACGGCACGUGGCCCCCUUUACCAUGCCCAGCCACUCGGCUGUCCUGGAGAUGAAGCAGGUGCCUCGGACCACCUAAUUCUAAUGUGAGGAUCAUGGAUGGACCCGUAGAGGGCAGCUCCACGAGCUGGGAGGUCCUCACACCUUACAACACAUUGCAACGGGCAGGUCAAUACAUUUACAAUAAGGGCGUUUAGCAGACAGCUUUUAUCCAAAGAGACUUACAAUAAGUACAUUUGUCAGAGAAGGAGAAACCACAAUAUAUCUCUGUCGGUACCGUAAGGAUGUUUAUGGAACCAAGUGCCAAGCACUUACAAUUGUUAGGUUGAUCCACUCCCCAUACACAACAACGAUAGCUAGAAUACAAUGCUACACAACUAAGUACUGUAACUAAGGACGAGUCGACAUACAAUGUCAGGUCAUAGAGAAACUUGGUUAUUUGAUACUCAUAUUAAGUACACAAACCUUGAGAACACUAUACGUUUAUACUACAUGGAAACUUUGAUGAUACCUUCUAAAACGUGACUUUGUUUAAUAUAAGAGGCGGGUCUGAAGGUCGAUAUGGCAGCACAUUUUGUAGCAAGAAAUACCUUUUUUGGUGUUACUUUUUUGGGCUUAUAACAUCCUUAAAGGGUUUUUUAAGGAUGUUAUAAGUCUAGUAUACUACCAUGUAUUACUAUAGAUUCUAGUAUAAUUGCUACUAAAUGCUCAAUAUUAUUUUUUAAUUUAUUUAAAUAAUAAUAUCUAUGCAUUAAGCACUUUAGUUUACCUUGUCAGAGACCUUUAGAGGCUACCACUGAUGAAGUAUGAUCAAGUAUGAUGCAAGAUCUCUAUCCAUCAAUAAUGUUAUGUUCUACUACCUAUCCUAUUUAUUUUCUUAUCAUUUCCCAGUCGUUCUUAUUCCAGAUUAGUUUUGUCCGUUAUUGGCCUCUGGACGGGGUCCGUGAGGGAAUGAGUUAAUGCCACGACUCUUUGGGCCGAGUCUCUUCUGUGGUGCAUUUUGGAGACAUUUCUGCUUUCUUGUUCAAUGACGUCACCCAACAACCGUAACAUCAAAUGUUAUGUUUUAUAUAUUUUACUUGUCAUCGAUUCAAUUAUUUUCUUUGUGUUUUAUCUUCGGAAUCAUAGCAAAAUAUGAGGUUUAAGGAAACGCACACUUACUAAAUGUUGAACAUCGAAAAAUGUUAAUAAAACAAUACAAUUGAGUGAAACCGUUUGCAUUGUUUUUGAUAUUUUCGUUAUUAUAUCUCACCACGUAGUUUCAACAAAUAAAUCCCAGGAAUCAGUGAAUGACCUGACACAUUGUAUGUCGUCCUUAGUUGUAAGUCGUCCAUACCUUGAGAACACUAUACUACAUGGAAACUUUGUUGACGGCCUACUUCCUUCCAAAAUGUGACUUUGGUUUAUAUAUGGGGCGGGUCUGAAUGGCGGUAGGCCUAUGGCCCCACAUUUUCUAGCAAGAAAUAACACCCCCCUAAACGUUUUUGGGAGUUAUUUUUUGGGCUUAUAACAUCCUUAAAUGUUUUUUUAAGGAUGUUAUAAGCCUAGUAUAUACCUACCAUGUAUAAGGUAGCCUAGCCUACUAUAGAAUUUAUGUAGAAAUGCUAUACUAAGUGCUCAAUAUAAUCUUUUUAUUUUUUUCUAUUUAAAUAAUAAUAUUUAUGCAUUAAGCACUGUAGAUUAGUUGGUCCGAGAUCUAAGGGGCUACCACUGAUGAAGAUCUUUAUGGUGGAUCUAUCAAGUAUGAUGCAAUAUCAAUAAUGUUAUGUUCUACCUAUUUUUUGUCUUAUCAUUUCCCAGUCGUUCUUAUUCCAGGUUAGUGUCCUGUGUAAGUCCUUCAUUGGCCUCUGGACGGGGUCCUUGAGGGAAUGAGUUAAUGCCACGACUCUUUGGGCCGAGUCUCUUCUGUGUUGCAUUUUGGAGACAUUUCUGCUUUCUUGUUCAAUGACGUCGCCCAACAAACGUAACAUCAAAUGUUAUGUUUUAUAUAUUUUACUUGUCAUCGAAUCAAUUAUUUUCUUUGGGUAGGUAUUUCUGUGUUUUAUCUUUGCGAAUCAUAGCAAAAUAUGAGGUUUAAGGAUACACACCCUUGAAUACUUUAAAUUUUGAACAUCGAUUUUUUUCAUACAAUUGAUUGAAACUGUUUGUAUAGUUUUGAUAUUUUCUUUAUUAUAUCUCACCACGUAGUUUCAACAAAUAAAUUCCAGCAAUCACGUGAUAGACAAAGCUGAUCAACGUGAAAUGGCUGCGGUUUUCUCCUGUCUGUCUAUCCAACAGUGUGGUCAAGCGGGUUGGUAGCGAUGACACUGUUUCACGUGU